CUUAAUCCCAAUCACGUUAACUUGAGAGCCAACCAAUUGUGUGGAAAUUGAAAAAUAGUUUAACCGUAUUGACGCUGCCUUGAAAAAUAGUAGCGUUUUAGUAUUUGGUCAGUGGAUUAGUCUGGAACAUUUUUGACAAUAUACCUAUUGAAGAAAUGGAUGAAGAGCUAGAAAAUAAACCUAAUUCUACCAACCAUGUUUACAUCGGAACUGAUACCGGUUACCUCAAAGGUAUUCAAUUCACAAGCAUAGGCGCCAAGAUUCAAAACUUCAAACUCUAUCGAAAGCUUGACCAAAAUAAUGCUGUCACUGCACUAGCUUGGAGGGACGAGGCAGAGAACGAGAUUUACGUUGGACAUCGUGACUCUACAGUUAGUCUUUUUGACACAAGAUUUGGCAAAUCCAUCUUCCGCCAUCGACCAAAGAGAGGGUCUGGAAAAGUUGUGAGCAUAAUAAACACGAAAGGGAACGUAUUGGUUGGGCUUGAGUCAGGUCACAUCUGCUCGUUAUUGAAGUGCCCCAGGAAGGAAUUAAUAGCGAUCGAUACGCUGCACCGCGUCAAAGCUUCCUUCAGAGACAAGCCCAAACUGAGCGUCGUGAAGACGCAUCCUGAUCACAGCGCCAGGCUCGCCACAGGCGGCUGUGAAAAUGAUCUCAAAAUUUGGGAUUUGGAGAACACCAAAAAGCCUAUAUUUUCUGCUAAAAAUGUCCCUCACGAUCCCCUGAACC